AUGCAGGGGAUGGUGCUGUUCAAACGCUGGCUCGCUCUGUUUCUGCUUGCUGUCGGAGCUGGAGGGGCUCGGAGUCAGGACACCGGAAUAUGCCCCCUGCACCUGCUCGUCGGCCUGGACGUCACUGAUUACCAACAGUCCAGCCUGCACCAGUACCUGGAGGGCAUCAUCUGGGAGCUGUUCUCCCUGACCAGGGUCAGCUGCGCCCAUCUCAACGUCACCCUGAGCAUCCAGAGUGUGGACCAGGGCGGCGAGGUCCUCUUCCAAGCCCGCCUCGCCAAGUACCAGCACGACGUCUUGCAGCAGCUGCGUGUGGUGCACGCCUUCAGGCGCACCUACCUGAACCAGCCCUCCCUGCACAGACUGCUGGAGAUGAGCCGAGGCCUGCCAGAGAGUAACAAGGUGCUGCUCCUGUUUACGGACGGGUUGGACGAUGAUGUGAGGAAGCUGGAGGAGAUGUCAGCCGCUCUGCAGGUGCAAGGCCAGCUCGACGCACUAGUGACUAUCGCAAUGAACAAUGCUACCAACGUGGAAGAGCUGCAGCUCAUUGAGUUUGGGCGAAGGUUCAGGUACAGCCAGCAGCUGAGCAUGGAAAGCCCCGAGAUUGGCAGCGUUUUGGCUCAAGAGCUGCUGGCUGUGUCAGAGAGGAAGUGCUGCCACCCGUGCCCCUGCACCUGCAUUGGAUUGCCAGGCUCGCCAGGCCCCUUGGGCGUUCCAGGGCGCAAGGGGAGGAAAGGAGCAAAGGGGCUGGUUGGAGACCACGGGCACUAUGGACACAGCGGGGAGCAGGGACUGCGGGGGCUCCAAGGGAGCUGGGGAACCCAGGGAUGCCCAGGCCAGUGUGGACCCAAGGGACUGAUGGGAUACCCUGGAGAGCAGGGAGCUCCUGGGGAAGCUGGAUACGAUGGCAUCCCUGGGGAGAAGGGGGAAGCCGGUCCGUUUGGGAAUCCUGGGACAAGAGGAUCCCACGGGAGGCAGGGGCGGAAAGGCUCCCGGGGUCUCCGUGGCGAUGCAGGGCCUCCAGGAUCCCCCGGCGAUGCUGGAAAUCCUGGGAGAAGCAGCACAGAGCGUGGAGCCCCCGGAAGCAAGGGAGAAAGAGGCACCCAGGGGGACUCUGGACCAGAGGGCAGUCCUGGGCCACCUGGGUCACAGGGGCCAACUGCAGAUCUGGUACGUUUCGCUCUCAUCCCGUGCGGGAUGUCCAGUGCCUGUCCUAAGCCCCUUGUGCCCUGA